UAAAUUUCAUAAAUUAUUACUCGUUCCCAAUAUUUUAAUAAUGACUUGCCCAUACCUUUCUGGUCGUACUAUGAUAAAUAUACACGAGGAUGAAGUUGAAGCUGAGAUUAAUCGAAUUAAUGAGGAAUCGUCUAGGCAGAGUGAGCAACUACCAUCAAUCUCGAGCAGUGUAAGCGAUGGGGUUUACAAAGCAGCGAUCUUUACAGAUCAAAUUUCGUACAAUGGAUACUUACAGCUUGAUAAGCUGUUGGAUUGUCAAGUAAUGCGUUCAAAUGAUGGAAAGCGUAUUAUUCCAGAUGAGCAUCUCUUCAUUAUAACUCAUCAGACUUAUGAGCUUUGGUUCAAACAAUGUAUUAUAUUAAAAAUAGAGUAACACCCCGUCCCACGAACCACGACAAACCCUCAACUGGAAACCCCGAUCCCUGACAUUCACGACCUGAAGGAUCAGGUUGCUACCCUGAUUGAAAAUACCGAAUAAAUGUUUAAAAAUAUAA